AACACAAAUAGUAGUGGAGUUAAUUAGAACAAGUUCGUAUUGUCGGUGUGAAGCAAAAUAAAGAUGAUUUUUUUACUUACUUCACUUCUAUUUUAUACUCCGGCCAAUGGUCAGGUUUUACCCAAUGGAGCUGUAACUCAAGCACCUGGAGUUGUUAAUGUCCUCCCAACAUCUGUGUACCCUGGAUUUAAUAGAAAUCCUUGGCAAACUGGAUACAACCCAUAUUACAGUUCACCAGGAGCCGCAGUACCCAUCGUGUCUUACACUGAUAACCGUGGUAUAGAUGGGAGUUACUCGUACAGCUACGCAUCAGCAGACGGUAAGGAGGUUCAGGAAACUGGUUUUGUAAAAGAUGCUUAUAUUGAUAAUGCGGGAAAUCCACAGGGCACUCAGGUCAAAGAAGGUGGUUUUGCGUACACAUCGCCCGAAGGGAUACCAAUAAAAGUAAACUAUGUUGCCGAUGAGUAUGGAUUCAGACCGGCAGGAAUUAAAAUUCCAGCCGAUGGAAGCGUUGUACCAUCUUUAAUUAACGGAACAAAAGAUGCCAUUCCGUUUUACAACAAAUACAGUCCUUUCAACAAUAGGUACAACAAUAAUUAUGGACCUUAUAACAAUUAUAGACCUUACGACCCCAGAUAUCCAAACGCACCUGGAAAUUAUCCCGUUUACAAUCCUUACCGGCAGGUUGGAUAUCAAAAGAGAACAACCCAAGAAAUCGUGGCGUUGCUUGUUAUUAUGGGCACCGUGUCCGCCGACGUGGGCAUCAUUCAGCCCUUCCCUCCGCAGCCUGUGUACCAACAGCAACAACUUUAUACGACAGAACCCAUCCCUAUCAUAAGACAAGAGCAUGUGCAGAAUCCAGAUGGAUCUUACAAAUGGAGCUACGAGACUGGUAACGGAAUAUCAGCUGAGGAGCUGGGCUAUAUCAAGAACCUCGGCGUGCCCGAGCAGGAGGCGCAAACCGCGCAGGGACAAUACCAGUACACUGCACCUGAUGGACAGGUCAUACAACUCAAAUACAUAGCCGACGAAAAUGGCUUCCAACCCCAAGGAGCCCAUAUUCCCACUCCACCGCCAAUACCACAAGACAUUCAAAAGGCUCUCGAUUAUCUCGCUACUCUACCCCCACAGAAUCCUGAUACAAGAAAUUUCGGACGCCAAUAAACUUAAUAAAUAAUAAAACAAACAUUGAGGCUUGAUUGUAAACUAUUAAUUAUAAGUUAAUAUUCAUUAGUAACUUUUGUGAUAUUUAACACAAGAUUAAUGUGAAAUGAAAAAAAAAAAAUGUUUUUAAUUAUUAUUUUAGGUGUAUCG